ACCGCUGCGGCGCACACCGACUUCAUAGUUUAGCGUUUUCUCGGCGGAGGACAGUCGCUGAAAAGUGUCCACCCGUUAAAAUCUGCCACUUGGAGCGAUGCGUAAAACCAGUUCUGUCCGGACGCGUUGACGCACAAUAAGUUUGAAGGAUGUUUCGGACAUGGCCUUAACUUUUUUUUUUUUUCUUCAAGAGACUUUUCUGGCCAGUAACCCUGCAAUUUGCGGCGUAGCAGCGGAGCUCGGAGCAUGCAGCCUGUAGGGACACACUCGGGCUGAUCCCAGUCUGGACUGCCUGCUUUUGUUUUUCCUCUCAGGCCCAGGGCGAGGAGGAGAUGAGUGCUCAGGAUGGGGCUGUGCCUCGGUACCGAAAUCACAGAAGAGAAGAAGGCGAGGAUACAGAGCGCCAAGAUAGACAGAGACCUGUACGAGUACGCCAAGCGGGAGAUGAAUGUGGUUAAAAUACUCCUACUAGGUGCAGCGGAGAGCGGGAAAAGCACUUUGGUCAAACAGAUGAAGAUCAUCCACAGUAAUGGAUUCACCAAGCAAGAGCUCACCAGCUUCAAGCCUGCAGUGCUGGAUAACCUCCUGACCUCCAUGAAGUUUGUCCUCCACGGCAUGGGCGUCCUCCGAAUCAACCUGGCCAACAACAGGAACAAGGUGGUCCACGCCCAUUCUGUCCUGUCGUGUGGGCGGUGCUUUGACGAGGAUCAGGUGCUGUUCCCUUUCCUGAGCCACGCCCUGUCCUGUCUGUGGGCCGACCAGGGGGUGAGGGCCGCGGCGGCCCGAGGAUACGAGUACGAGCUCAAUGACUCAGCACUGUAUUUCUUUGAGAACAUGACCCGCAUUGCUUCUCCAGAUUACGUGCCCACAGAGACUGAUGUUCUGCGAGUACGCCUGAGGACGACCGGCGUGAUAGAGACCCAGUUCAAAGUCAACCACCUUGUUUUCAGGAUGUACGAUGUUGGAGGCCAGAGAACCGAGCGGAGGAAGUGGAUUGGUUGUUUCGAGGAUGUCAGGGCGGUGCUGUUCGUGGUGUCGCUCAGCGGUUACGACAUGACCCUGGUGGAAGACCCCUCCAUGAAUCGUCUUCAGGAGAGCAUGAAGCUCUUCUCAGCCAUCUGCAACAACGUUUUCUUCCGCAGCACAUCCAUGAUUUUGUUCAUGAACAAGAUCGACCUUUUUCAGGACAAGAUUUUACACUCUGGGCGACACCUGCGGUUAUACCUGCCUCAGUUUAAAGGCGCAGACUGCGAUGUGGACUCGGCCGCCCGCUUCAUCGCCGCCACCUUCGUCUCGCUCAACAGCACGCCCAGCAAACUCAUCUACCACCACUUCACCACAGCGACCGACACCUCCAACAUCCAGGUGGUCUUCCAGGUGGUUAUGGACACGAUAAUCAAAGAGAACCUGGAGGCCGUGUCGCUCCUGUAGCUGCCGGCAGAGGUCCGGGGCUUCACCGGACAGUCCUGAAGACCCUCUGCUCCACACCUACAGUCUCUGGUGCUCUUUGCCACUGUUGCAUCUCACGCUACGUGAUGCUUGAUUUCAUGUAACGGACAAAUGGUUUUAAAACACAUUGAAGGAGAAGGACCGCUUGGCUGCUCCUUAGUUGCGGGGUUGAGCCCUGAAAUGUUGCCUUUUGAACCCUUGUGUUCAAAAGAAAUGGGCAUUUUUAUUUUUGUACUGUACUACAGAAUCAGACUAUGAAUGGUGAUGCUACUUUUCGAGGACUUGAUAUAUGCACAUGCCAUUUAUUUGCCCAUCUCUUCCUCUGCGCAUGUGUCCGUGGGCAGGACACAGAAGGCGUGAGGAUUUACUGUUUGUCCGUUACUUCCUCGGCGCCGGGUUCACUCGUGCAUACCAUCUCGUGUUUUCCGCUCAUCAAUCACUGCUCCUCGGCUGUGCACAUCCUGUGCGUCACACGCUCAUGAUCAGCCGGUGAUCGCUGUAAAAGCACCACAGUUUUUGUUUACUCGUCCUGAGCUGUCACACACACACACACACACACACACACACACACACACACACACACACACACUCCAUUCAUUUUAUUCUGUGCCUUUGCCCAGUCCCUUGACUCCUGACAAUCAGCCAUGAUGCAGGGAAAACAUAAUAUUUGAAAUGAGGAAAAGUGUAUCUACAGAAACAUCCCUGAAGCCUCCAACUUCUGUUUAAUUUCCUUCCUCUCAUCUCAUGAUGAUUAUUGCUCCAGUAUCUGACACACACUCAUAAACACUGAUUUGUCAACCAGGAUGAUGCUUCCUACAUGUAAUUUGUGUGGCAUUAACUCUGCUGGGGUCUGACUGUUUUGAAGGCUCCCCUGAGCAACUGACUGUGUUAUCAGCAGCUCCUCUCUGACUCCAGUAAUAAACAAGAUAUGGCAAUGACUGAUAUGGAUACUGAAGGUGAAAGAAAAGACAAAAACACCCCCAAGUGCCUUUUGAUGAAGUGCUUUCGCUGGUUUGUAAUUUAAAUGCUUCGUACGUGUGUGAAUUUUUUGUGUAUUUUUCCUUCUUUUUUUCCCCACUUUCAGAAUAAUCCUUUGUAUUUCAUACUGCAUCUUUACUCUAAGUCUUAUACACCACGUUCUCAGACUGUUAUUUUAUGGUUUGUGCUUUGUAUUGUACUGAAACUGCAAUACAAAAUAAAUGUUACAGGCUGACAA